AUGUCAUUUCAUCCUCCUACGCUAUCAAUGCUUCAACAUCUCUUAACUUAUGUUGUUGUCUAUGCAAGACAAGAAACUAUGAAGGAGAACUCAACAACAUAUCACAGCACGGCGGAAGGUUGUAUCAGCAGAAAUCUGGUAAACUGGAUUAAUUAUACUGCCAUUAAAAUGUCUCCACAACAUGAAACUCUGUUUGAUAGUUUUUCUUUGCUUUCUAGAAAAUUUUCUUUACCUACUUUUAAAAUUAUUAAAGAUGUAGAGAGGAAAGAAAAAUCGCGAUUAAAAUUCGGGAAAAAUUGUUGA